AUGAGUCCUGCCGUGCAAGAUGAGCGAUUUUCUGAUACUCUGGUGUUCUUUGUGAAUGGAAGAAAGAUCGUGGAUAGCUCUGUGGAUGCGGAAUGUACACUGCUGACGUAUCUCCGUACAAAAUUGUUACUCACCGGGACCAAACUCGGGUGCGGUGAGGGAGGAUGUGGUGCCUGUACCGUCAUGCUGUCACGCUAUGACCCAGAGCAGGACAGCAUCAAGCACUACUCCGUGAACGCCUGUCUGACCCUCGUGGCUUCCGUCCAUGGGCUGGCCGUGACCACCGUGGAGGGCGUGGGCAGCCUGAGGGAAGGACUACACCCGGUGCAGGAGAGGAUAACCCGCGCCCAUGGCUCUCAGUGCGGCUUCUGUACCCCUGGAAUGGUCAUGGCAAUGUACGCCCUUUUGAGAAACACACCGAGACCCGAGUGGCACGAGUUGGAACAACAUCUUGCUGGGAAUUUGUGCCGCUGUACAGGCUAUCGUCCGAUUCUCGAUGGCUUUGGAACCUUUUGCAACGAUAGCAACAUUGGCUGUGGUCGUGAGAAAUGUUGCAGACUCAGCGCAACGAAUGGAGACUCUUACUUCCCUCCACCAAUCACCAAAGACUGCAAUGGCUUCAUGCAAAACGGCUCCUGCAACAAAGAAGAGCAAGAACGAAAUGAAGCUCUCGGUGCUGAAGCCAACGCACUGCUUCCUAAGGCCGAUCUCACGCCGUAUGACCCCACUCAAGAUAUCAUAUUUCCGCCUGAAUUAAAGCUGAAGUCUCACCUCCACAACCAAUCCUUGAAGUUCCAAGGUCCGAGGGUGACCUACUGGAGGCCGACCUCACUACCGCACCUGCUCCGCCUCAAGUGCCACCAUCCUGAGGCCAAGCUUGUAGUGGGCAACACCGAAGUGGGAGUCGAGGUGGGCUUCAAGAACCAAACAUACCCAGUGCUGAUCAACCCUUGCUGGGUACCUGAGCUCAACGCUAUAAAAUACACGGAAUCUGGAGUUGUAUUGGGAGCCGCUGUGAGUCUGGCUCGGGUGCAGGAGAUUUUGCAAGAGCAGGUGUUAUUGCAACCAGACUGGAAGACGCGCAAUUUUUCUGCAGUUUUGGAAAUCCUCAGGUGGUUUGCUGGGCAGCAGAUCAGAAAUGUUGCUAGUUUCGGGGGCAAUAUAAUGACGAGUUCGCCAAUUAGUGACCUAAACCCCGUUUUAAUGAUGUCUGGAGCAACUCUUACAAUCUUGAGUCAUGAACACGGCGAACGCAGACUAACGAUGGACCAGAAUUUCUUCACUGGUUAUCGGAAGAACACAGUCAAGCCUUCUGAAGUGCUGAUCAGUGUUCAUCUUCCUUACACUCAAGAGAACGAGUACGCACAAGCAUACAAACAGUCCCGGAGACGUGACGACGAUAUUGCCAUAGUGAACAGUGCCAUGAGGGCGAGAUUCGUGCCAGGAACGAGCCAAGUGGAGGACCUGAGGGUGGCAUUCGGUGGCAUGGCGGUUACGACCGUUAUGGCGGUUAAAACGGCCAAGGCACUGCGAGGCUGCGAGUGGGACGAAGCGUUGCUGGAGAGGGCCAUGGCACUGCUGCUCGAGGACCUCCCCCUGGACGCCUCCGCCCCCGGGGGGAUGGUGGAGUACCGACGCACCCUCACCCUCAGCCUGUUCUUCAAGUUCUACCUGAGCGUUCGAAAAUGGCUCGCCGCUCGAGUGCCAGCGCUAGCAGUGCCACUCAGGGCCGACGAGGAGAGUGCCAUCGCCCCUUACCAACGGCCGCCCUUCGCCAGCACGCAGGUCUUCCAGCAGGUCGACAGCAGCGCGAAGUCGCACCAGCCCGUCGGCCGGCCGCUGGUCCACGCCUCGGGCUACAAGCAAGCAACCGGAGAGGCCGUUUACGUGGACGACAUACCGCGGGUCGAGCAGGAGCUCUUCGCCGCCCUGGUCCUGUCCUCGCGCGCCCACGCCAAGAUACUGGGGAUCGAUGAGACGCCGGCGCUGAGGGAGGAGGGCGUGGAAGCCUUCUACUGCGCCCGAGAUAUCUCCCGGGAAAAGAACCAGUUGGGCACAUUUGAGCCUGACGAAGAGGUGUUCGCGAGUGAAAAGGUGACAUGUGUUGGCCAGGUGUUGGGUGUCGUGGUGGCCACCGACCCGGCCAUCGCUCGGAGGGCCACCAGGCUCGUGCGCGUGGACUAUCAGGACCUGGAGCCUCCUGUUGUUACGAUUGAGGACGCGAUAAAGCAAGAAUCCUGGUGGGGCCCCUGGAAAAUCGCCAAGGGAGACAUCGACCACGGAUUCGAAUCCGCCGCUCGCAUCAUCGAGGGGGAGAUGCGCAUGGGCGGCCAGGAGCACUUCUACCUGGAACCCAACGCCCACAUUUUCGUCCCCAAGGGCGAGGACGGGGAGAUGGACGUCUUCUCGAGCUCCCAAAUCCCCUCGGCGUUGCAGAAGAUGGUCGCGCGGGUCACCGGCGUCUCGAGCAACCGGGUCGUGGUCAGAGUGAAGCGCGUCGGGGGGGCCUUUGGCGGGAAAGAGUCGCGGAUCUUGGGCGUCGCUGCCCCCGCGGCCCUCGCGGCGGCCAGGCUGAGUCGACCCGUGCGCAUCACCCUCGAUCGCCACGAGGACAUGCUAAUCACCGGAGGACGUCACCCUUUCCUGUGCCGCUGGCGAGCAGGAGUCACGACCAAGGGCGUCUUCACAGCCCUCGACGUCAAGCUCUACUCCAAUGGCGGCUAUUCCCAGGACCUGUCUCCUAUCGUGAUGCACAAGGCCAUGAUGUGUGUUGACAACGCUUACAGGCACAGCAACAUCCGGGUCACAGGAUACGUAUGCAAGACCAACCUACCCUCCAACACGGCCUUCCGGGGCUUUGGUGCGCCUCAAGCAGCCAUGUUUGCGGAAGAUAUCAUCACCACUAUUGCCCACACUCUCAAACUAGAUCCUUGUCAAGUUCGCGAGAGGAACAUGUACCAGGAAGGCGACAGUACACACAUCAGUCACACGCUCGAACGCUGUACAAUUCGUCGAUGUUGGGAAGACGUUAUUGCGAAAUCGGACCUUCAUAUUCGGCAGCAUCUUGUGCAGAAGUUUAACAAGGAAAACGCUUACAAGAAGAGAGGGCUGGCCAUAAUCCCGACCAAGUGUGGCAUUGCUUUCGACCGCGUGUUAAACCAGGCGGGGGCGUUAGUGCAGGUGUAUACGGAUGGCUCUGUGCUCCUGACUCACGGUGGUAUCGAGAUGGGGCAAGGCCUGCAUACGAAGAUCCUGCAGAUCGCAGCUCAGGUCCUCAAAAUCCCCAUUGAGAACAUCCACAUCAUGGACACAGCUACAGACAAGGUGCCCAACACAUCUCCAACAGCCGCUUCGAUCUCCACUGAUAUCAACGGAAUGGCAGUCAUGAACGCGUGCAAAGAGCUGCGGGCGCGUCUGAAACCCUUUAUCAAGAGAAACCCAGCAGGAACGUGGAAGAGCUGGGUGAAAGAGGCCUACAUGGAACGCGUGUCUCUCUCCGCCACGGGAUUCCAUCGCAUAGACGAAGUAACUGACUUCGACUUCGAGACGAUGUCAGGCCAACCCUUCCACUAUUACUGCAACGGCGCCGCAGUGACAGAGGUGGAGGUGGACUGUCUCACCGGCGGCCACACGAUCCUGAGAACAGACAUAGUGAUGGACGUGGGCCAGUCUCUGAACCCCGCCAUCGACAUAGGGCAGGUGGAAGGUGCCUUCAUACAGGGUGUUGGCCUCGUCACCUUGGAGGAACUGAGGUAUUCUCCUGAAGGCUCGCUACUCGUUCGGGGCCCCGGCGCCUAUAAGAUACCAGGUUUCCAGGACAUCCCGUGUGAAUUCCACGUGUCCCUGCUAAAGAAUGCACCCAAUCCUCUUGCCAUAUUCUCUUCGAAGGGCGUGGGCGAGCCCCCCUUGCUGCUGGCGACGUCGGUCUUCCAAGCUAUCAAGGACGCCGUGGGAGCCGCCCGAGUGGCCCAGGGCCUCGGGCGCGUCUUCCGCCUCGAUUCGCCUGCCACGGCAGAGCGCAUCCGCGUCGCUUGCCAGGGCCCGUUGCUCCGGAAGAUUCCUCCAGCAGAACUCGGGUCCAAGAAACCGUGGUCAGUAACAGUGUAAAAAACUUAGAAUUUGAAGAAGUUUGCUUUAUGGUCAUUGUUAAAAUUGUAUUUCUGUGCUAGGCUUUAUUUUUUUUCUUCUUCUUCUUCUUCUUCUUCUUUUUUCUUCUUCUUUUUCUUUUUCUUU